UUGCUCUUGGAGGAAAUGACAAGCAAAGAGAGAAAACUUGAAGAGGAGAGAAGAAGUGAUGAGAUAUCAAAGGCAUGUAAAUCUAUCACUGAAGUCAAAGCAAAAGUUGAUAAGCUCUUGGAAAAGGUGGUUGCCUUAGAAGCAACUGUGAAUGGUGGGACUACUGUUGAGGACAAGGAGUUUGUUGUCUUAAUAGAGUUGCUCAUGAGGCAGUUAUUGAAAUUGGAUGGCAUCGAGGCUGAAGGAGAAGCAAAGGUGUAGAGAAGGGUUGAUGUUAGUAGCCA